CUAUUAGUCACGUUUUCACCUUCACUGGCUUCACCUACCACGUCACAAGCGUCCCGAGAAUUAUCACGCCAUACCACUGUUUUGGGAUCACCCCAUCCAAAUGUUAUUUUCAGCAUCACAUUAAAUACUGUAAAGUGCAUCUCUGUCAAUGAUAGCCUAAUAUUAUAAUAUUUGCCAGACCAGCCAGAAUUUUGAUAGACAGAAUUAUUCAGAAAUAUGUAGGCCGACAAGCAUCAGCACACUACAAUUACAUACUGUAUCAUACACACACAUGUAUGCUGGUAAAUUUAAAGAUGCACUAUAACAAGAAUGUCCUCGAGAAAAAGGUCAAGAAACGGAGAAAUGGCUAAAAAUGGAGAACUGGUAAACUUAAAUGGGUGUGGUGAAUACAGAAGACCUAAUCAUGGUCCGGCACCAUUUGAUUAUGAAGAACAAGCAUGUGAAGAAAGAGAAUCAUGUGAUUAUACUCAGAAAAUUACCCUGGAAAUGGCCAAAUCAGGAACUGCUCAACGACCAGUACGUGUGUAUGCUGAUGGUAUUUAUGACAUGUUUCAUUCUGGUCAUGCAAGACAACUCAUGCAAGCUAAAUUAGCAUUUCCUAACUGUUAUCUUAUUGUCGGGGUUUGCAAUGAUUCUUUAACCCAUAGAAUGAAAGGUCGAACUGUAAUGAAUGAAGUAGAGAGAUAUGAAGCAUUAAGACAUAGUAGAUAUGUUGAUGAAGUCGUCACAAGUGCCCCAUGGACACUAGAUACAGAAUUCCUCGAAAAGCACAAAAUUGACUUUGUUGCCCAUGAUGAAUUACCUUAUACAACAGGGUCAGCAGAUGAUGUUUAUAAAUUUGUUAAAGAAAGGGGAAUGUUUUUGCCAACAGAAAGAACGGAUGGUAUAUCAACAACAGAUGUUAUAGCAAGAAUUAUAAAAGACUAUGAUGUAUAUGUUCGACGUAAUCUUUCUCGUGGUUAUACAGCUAAAGAACUCAAUGUUAGCUUUGUCAAGGAAAAACGAUUAAAAAUACAAGAAAAUUUUGAGAAAUUUAAAGGAAAGAGUAAACAAUAUAUGGAUAAAUGGAAGGACACUAUGGAAUCAAUGGAUAAACAAAGGCAUGAACUCUUUAAUAAAUGGGAAGACAAAUCAAAAGAAUUCAUUGGAAACUUUUUAGAAAUGUUUGGAAAAGAAGGAAAAAUUUCUACUUGGAUAAAUGAAGGCAGAGAAAAAGUAGCAAGAGCUAUAUCUCCAACACCUGGUGAUCCAGGAAUCAGCCCACCAAGUACUCCCCCUUCAACAUCAGGCUCCUGGAGUCCUCCUGCUAAACGAGGUCGUUUUACUAUAAUAGAGAACGAAUCUGAUGAAGAAUUAUGAUAGAUAUGUUUUAAUUUUGAUAUUAAUUUUAAUAUUAAGUCCUAGUUGACCCAGCUAUUUGUAAAAUAUUAUGUUUUUAUUUUAAAAAAAGGGAAAACUUAGAAUAAUGUUGAAAUUGGAAAAAAAACAACUUAUAUUUUAUGAUACAAGAUGCAAUGCAUUUAAAACUCUUACGUUAGCCAUAGUCUUACUGAUUCCAGGUUUUCUUUGAUUUCUAAAAUACUCUAUUUAGAGUAUGAGUGCUACUUUAGUCUUCAACAUUGUAUUAUUAAUAUGCGUUAAAGUCAUCAAAGUUUUUGAGUUAUAGAAACUAAUUGACCAAGGUGGAUUACAUUAAAAGUGUAUUGAAAAAUUAGACUUAACAUCAGUGCCAUUGCAAAUACAUAUCUCACAUGGUUGAUCUAAUUUAAUGAUAAUAAUAGCUAUGAACUUUCAAAAUAUGAAAAAUUGAACUCCUAUUACUAAUUUAAGACAUUAUUUGAAUAUUUUAUGUAUAAGUUUUAUCAUAUGACGUACAUGUAGUAUAUGAUUUUAACAUUAUGUUUUCAUUUUACCAUGAGUUAAUUUAUUAAUUCAUUGCUUCCAUAUGAUGUUGUACAAAAGAAAAUUUUAGAAAACACAAGUCUUCUGAAGAAAAUAAACAGGAGUUCAUGUGCUUUCUAAAACUUAACAUGUAGGAAUAUUUGGAGGGCAUAAAAAACUUUACUCCAUUAUGGUUGUGUGCAAAAACACAAAUAUUCUUUAUCCACAGAACACAAUUUUAUGAAAUAGAAUUAUCAUUAUUACUGAGGGAUGUUUCGCCUAGGAUUUUCUAGUCUUUAUCAAGCAAAUCAAAAAAUUAUCAAAAAAUUAUUUGAACAUAAACCACAAUAACAACUUAGAGACAAGCCACUAAUCGCCUGGCCUAAAUUCAUUAAUGUAAAACUAUUAUGGAGAUGAUAAAAGUUGAAUCCAGUAAUACAAAACAUCAUUAAGUGGUGAUAAUAAAUGAUCAAUGAUAAUACCGGUAGUAGAUUUUGUUUAUGGACAAAUUGAAUGAUAAUAUUUCAGGACAGGAACCAUAUCUAUCCUAAAGUUCGUCCAUAAUAUCCAAAUGUGUAAUAGACAUUUCAGAAACACUAAGUAAAACAAAAUAUACAAAAUAAACGUGCCAACACUAAUCCAAAUUUGUUACAUGAGCCCACUAAUAAAUGAUAUUUAUAUUCUAAUUUCAUUCAUUCACUGGGAAUUGUUAUGAAAAAAAGAAAACUCUCUAUUUGAAGGGGUUUUAUAUCUUUAAAUUCUAUAUAUUUUCCAAAUUGAUAAUAUAUGAUAUUGAUUAUUAUUGCAAUGGAAAUAAUCUUGCUGUAUUUCAUAUUUAUUUCAUUGAUAAAUUCAUACUUUGUGUAAAUAAGAUAAAUUCAUACUUGGGGUAUAGAAGAUAAAUAUGUACUUGGGGAAAAUAAGGGAAAUUCAUUCUUGGUGUAUCACUGUUAUUGUUGUCGACAAGCAAGUUAAUUGACUUCUUAAUCAACUACUUGAACAAGUAAUAAUUAAGCUGAAAGUAGAUUGAUUUAUGAUACCAUAGUGGCCGUUUCAUUCUUUUAUUAAUCGGCUUUUUCAAACAUCAAGCGGCUGAAGCCGACAAUAAUGAUCUGAUUAAGAUCCCUGCAUAAGACAACUUCAUACUUUGGGUAUAUAAGAUAUAUUUAAUUAAUGCAGGGUACAUUAUUGUCAGUCCCAUAUUAUAUAUGUACAUAUUGAUACUACAUGUAUAAGAGAUAUUACAUUAUUAUUACAGUAAUUAUAGAUUUGUUAUUAUUUUGAGCUUUAAAUUUUAAUUUUAAUUGUGGUUAUGGCAAUUAGUUGUAUUAUGCAAUUGGCAUCCGGUGUAAAGAUCCAAACUUUUAUGUAUUCACAAUUAUUUUAUUAAUUUAAAAAGUUACACAGCUAACAAUAAUUACGAAUUGUUUCAGCAUUUUCUAAUCUUUUUUUUUACUUGCAUAAAAUUGGAUCUUAAUGACCACCCUAUUAUUACAAAACUUCAAUUUACUUUAGUUUAUGGGUUUGUUAUUUUUGUAAGGGUAAUAUUAUUGGAGAAGUGCAAGCAUAUAAACAAUACCAAAAAUUCCUAAAUUCUUGUGAUUGGUCUUGAUAUGACCAUUUUUGUAUUCAUUCCCUUAAAUUUAAUACAUGAACAAUGUGGUUAAAUAUUGCCUAUUAGAAUAUCGAACUCGGUAGAAGUAUUAACAUUAUUAUUUUAUUUAUCUUUCAUUUUCAUUCAUAAGUCUAAAUAGUUUUAAUUGUAGAUGUAUAUUUUAUUGUGAACUGCAUAUUUAUUUUACCAUACUUUUAUACAUUGAUUGAAUAAUACAUACGCAUUACAUACAAAUGUCACUAGUCAGUAUACAAUAUGCAAAAUAGUUUUGUCUUUGAAUUUUGUUUUUAAAUUCAUGCCUCACAUUGGGUACAAGAUAUGUACAUGUGUUUGUUCAUACAAUUAAUUAUUUAUUUAAUUUAAAAGGGAUUUGUAUUUAAAGUAAUUAUUUUUCAUUUGAUUUACAUGAAGGGCACUUACUGGAAUUGUAUUAAUGGACAUUAGCAUGUUUUGGUACUUCCACCAUGAAUAGUUUUUAUAGUGUAUUAUUUAUUUUCUGCUGAAACAGAGAGUAAUCAAGCUUUAACUUGAUUUUAUAGCACAUAAAGCUAUAGAUAGAUGGAUGACAUUUUCUAGAAUGUAAAACAAUGGAUGGACCAUGAGACAUACCAUAUUUGCAUACCAUGACAGAAUUGUAAUUUGUAAAUAAUCCGUUCUUAAGAAUUGGAUUAGAAAGAUUCAAACAUAGGAUUUCUAAUAACUGUUAAUAUGUAUAGAACUAAAACUCUUGAAAUCAGAAUACAGAUAUUUAUUUAGAAAGCAUUCUUGUGAACAUAUUAAACCAUUUUGGACUUCGUUGUAUGGUAGAGAAUACCUGUGAAAUAUACCAAAUGUCUGUCCAUACAACUAAAUCUCAAUUCAUUUUGGUAUUUUUCAAAGGUGCCUCUAUAUGUAUUUCAUCCUUAAUCCAUUCAUUUUAUCAUCAUUAUUUUUUUAACCAUGUAAUUAUAAUCCCAUUUCUUAAUUUCAUUCUAUUUUAGUAUGUGAAUAUACAAUAUUUAUAUUAAAUAUUGAGAAAGAUGGAACAGUAUUGAUGAAAAUAAUUGAUCAGUCUCUAUUACAAAAAGAGUUGUAGAUAAAUUGUAUAUAUUAUAGGAAUGUUUGAUUCAUAAAACAUGUCAUCUCUCAUUUACAAUCAUAAAUAGCAUUUUUUUAUAAUUAGGAAUUGUUUGUAUGUAGGCCUACAUGUAGUACUAUAAGUGUUGCAAAGUCAUACAUAAUAUAAUCCUUACACGGUUGUGUUUGUUUUGUUUUGUUUUUUAAAAUAUGAAAUUGAUGGGAAUUUCAAUUAAAGAUGCAUUAUGAAAGAUUUAGAUAAAGAGAUGAUCAUUCUUGCUAUAGUAGCUCAAAAAAAGAUAGUGAAGAAAUGAAUAUAUUGAAAAUUUCAUUUCAAUUAUUUUAUUCUGAGCGAAGUUAAGGGUGUUUGAAUAUGAAGCGUAGAUUGUCUAUAAUCGUAGUAACGGUACUUGAUAAUCAAGAUUAUCUAUUAUCUAUUUUGUGGUAAAUUUUUCAAUCUCGCAGGUGUACUAAUCCAUUUAAAUAUCGACCAUCUGAUGCUCUAGAGAGCUGAACAUAUGCUUGUCAUGUGAAUAAAUGUAUAAAG